ACCACAGAAGAACCAGCAGCGCCGAGCGGGGGACUCGCGACCGACCGUUACUGUUCCUCGAUCGCCUCCGAUUCCAAUCCACCUUCUUCCAUCGAUCGAAGCGGCGCCGUCGGUGAUCCCUCUCGGAUCUGCUGCUCCUCCUCCUCCUGGAUCUGCCGGAUGGCCGACUCCUCCGACGUCCUCCUCCUCCAGGACAAGCGGCGGCUCAGCCUCAUCGACGUCUCCUUCGAGGACGACUGCCUCCUCGAUUCCUCCUCUCGCGAUCCCCCCCGACCUUCAGGAAAUCAGGUGGUUCAUCAAAGCUUGGAGCUUGGGGAGGAUGUGACUUUCAAGGGAGUCGAUAACAUUCUAGAGUCCUUUGCAGCUGUGGACCGAUCAGCAGUCCCUCCACUGGUUGAAUCAUGCGAACCGGGAGGAAUUGGGAAAAAUGGCAAGUAUAACCUGCGCAAAAGUUUGGCCUGGGACAGUGCUUUUUUCACCAAUGCAGGAGUUUUAGAACCUGAAGAGUUAACUAGCUUGAUAGAAGGAGGGGAGAAGAAAGGAAAGCAUGUGCUACCCUGUAUUGAAGAGGAGACACACAGAUCAUCAGAUUCAAUGUCCACCUUAGAAGGUGAUUGUUUGUCAUUAGCAAGUCUCGAGGCUGAUUUAUUUGAAGACAUAAGAGCUUCAAUACAGAAAUCGAGCAAAGUAUCUGAUAAGGAAAGUUCAGUUAGCAAAGCAGGAGCACUGCUGUCUGAUAAAACGACUCUUCAGUCUUUGAAGAAGGCAGACGUUGGUUCUAAUAGUCAGUUGAGACCCAAGCCUGCUCCAAAGAAACCAAGCUUAGCCUCGGGGAACACAGCAAAGCAGCUUCCUGUUCGUCCACAGGUCUCACAGGGGAAACAUUCUGCUGUAAUUGGAGGUUCAGCUUCAUUUCCUUCCAAGCCACUUAGACUGGGUACUGUUAACUCGUUAUCAACAUCCACAAAGAGGGAUUCGGUGGGUGCUAAAUGUAUGAGAGCGGAAAAGAGUAUGGCAGAACAUACUGGUAGAGGGCCCCCAGCAUCUAGAUUACGUGCCACGAGUGGUCCUCGGCAUAUUAUACCUAGGCUUUCAUCCUCUUCUAGAUCUUCUUUAGGUUCAACGACCACUAAGACGGAGCCAGAGUCUUCUAGUUCGUCGAUGGAUAGUUCAGGCAGUUUCUCACGCAACAAGAUAGGAAAAUCAGCGGUGAAGUCUAAUAAGAAAAAUAUUGAGGCUCGAACCGGUAAUCUACCUUCCACUGGUUCAAAUAAGAAAACACCGUCAAAAGGCCCCAACUCUGGAGUAUCUCAUCUCUCAGCUUAUGUGAUGUCUGCAUCGAAGCUUUCCUCUAGCUUGUCACCUGCCAGUUCCAUCAGUGAAUGGUCAGUGGAAUCCUCUUCUUCCACUUCAACAGUCAAUCAAAGGUCAAACAGCUCUAGCACUAGCUUUGACCCCAGCUCACGUAGGUUGGGCACUGCCGAUGGAGAUGCACCUGAAGUUUUUGAUCUUCAGAAUAGUUCACAUGACAAGCACUUUCGUAGACAUGAAACUCAAGGUUCUAUGGUCCCUGAUCGAAAGAAUUCUUCAGCUGGAGGAGCCCUUUUACCAAGCUCCAUGAAACCCUCUGGCCUCCGAAUGCCAUCCCCCAAAAUUGGCUACUUUGAUGGGAUGAAAUCAGGCCGUACCCCUACUGGAAAUAAGCAGUCUCAUCCUGUUGGUUCUGGCGUUCUCAAAAAAACUGCAGUGGAUAGUGCUAACUUGAGUGGGGCGCUGAAGAGGGGAAUGCUUGGAAAGGUCCAAUCUGAGACAACUACAAUGCCAAUCAGGAGGACAAAAGCUGAUGUUAAGGAAUUUGCCCCUGAUGUGACACCUAAAUUGCAUAAAGAAUCUCCUAUUUCUGCAAUGGGGGUCCGUAGGGUUUCCAGGAACCUCAAACAUUCUCCUGGCCUAUCUCCAAAAGUUCAGAGCAUGAUUUCUCCUAAAUGUGGGGAGAAAAGUCUGGUGAAGGCAGACGACGGAGCUAAAGAAUGUGAUGCAUCUGUACAGCAUACGGAUUCCGGUAUAAUGGAGCAAAAUGCCAAUGGAAGUCAAGAAAUCAAGUCUGUUGCCAAUGGGGAGACUUCGAAAACCCCUUCUACUGGUGGAGGACCGAAAUUUUUUUUAGGUGAAGCCUUGACCAACAUAGGAAGCAAAGCAUAUUCUGAAGAUCAAGCUGAUCAGUUCGGACAAGUGAAGGAGUUGGCAGUGGAGAUUUUUUCUCGUUCGCUUUCUGACCGUGUUUCUGAGAACCCGCAUUCCGUCAGCGGCCAAGUUGAUGUUCUCAAUUCAGACCUUUUUCCAUCUAACUCGAGCACAACCGACGUCAUGGCCAGCACGAGGAUACCGUUCUCUGUGGUAGAUUCUUUAUAUAACAGGGACGGUUCCAAUGAUGUCUCGGCCGGACUGCGAAUUGUGGAAGUCGAAAAGAGGGCCACCCUGCCUUCGCCUGGUGAUAUUACGAGUGAGAACAGUUGAGUUGUCAAACGGAUGUGAAGGUUUUCUGGUGGCACUUAUAUGCGGUUCUUUCUCUAUACCUGCUGAUGCUGAUGAGUUCUUCCGUGCUCUGCAAAGCUUGGAGAGUGUAGCUACAGUGAUUUGAGAGUCUUUGAAUUUGUAUUUGAUUGUAAUGGCAUCGAUUGUCUAUGGCUUCCUGAUAUGGGAUCAAAUAUGUACGGCUCUUUCCUAUAGUUUCUUUCGGGCUUCUUGAUACAUUCACCGACCAAUAUCAAUACUAUAGGUAACGGAUGGAUGUUGUCUGC